UCAGCAUGUUCAAAGCUGUCAUCCUGAUCGGUGGACCACAAAAAGGCACCCGAUUUCGACCACUGUCCUUUGAAGUUCCAAAACCACUGUUUCCAGUGGCAGGAGUACCCAUGCUUCAGCAUCAUAUAGAAGCCUGUGCAAAGGUCCCCAACAUGAAGGAGAUCUUAUUGGUGGGAUUUUACCAACCCAAUGAAGAGCUCAACAGAUUCUUAACAAGUGUACAACAAGAGUUUAAAAUCUCAGUCAGAUAUCUGCAGGAGUAUGCUGCCCUGGGCACUGGAGGAGGCAUCUAUCACUUCAGAGACCAGAUUCUCUCUGGGGGUCCGGAGGCUUUCUUUGUCAUGAACGCUGAUGUGUGCUCAGAAUUCCCACUGCCUGAGAUACUACACUUCCAGAAGGAACAUGGAGACACGCAUAACUUUGUCAUUCUUGCAACAACUGCCAACAGAAAGCAGUCCUUAAACUACGGCUGCAUUGUGGAAAAUGAGCAAACCAAUGAGGUUUUACAUUAUGUAGAGAAGCCCAGUACAUUUGUCAGUGACAUAAUAAAUUGUGGAAUAUACCUGUUUACACCUGAUAUAUUCCAGCACAUCGGGGCUGUCUUCCAGAAGAACCAGCAGGACAUGUUGUUAGAAGAGCAGUCCAAUGGCUGGCAUCGGGCAGAGGUGAUCCGGUUAGAACAGGACAUCUUCACUGCACUGGCUGGUCAAGGCAAACUCUAUGUCUACAAAACCCACCAUUUCUGGAGCCAGAUCAAAUCUGCAGGAUCUGCAAUAUAUGCAAGUCGACUGUACCUUAAUCAGUACCAUAAGACCCACCCUGAGAGACUGGCCACAAAUAACAGCCACGGGCCAAAAAUAAGUGGAAAUGUUUAUAUUCAUCCAACUGCUAACAUUGAUCCAACUGCUGUGUUGGGUCCAAAUGUAUCCAUAGGUACAGGAGUGAGCAUUGGGGCAGGAGUACGCGUGAGAGAAUCUAUCAUCCUUCAUGGUGCUGUAUUACAGGAUCACAGUUGUGUCCUGAAUAGUAUCGUAGGUUGGGACAGCACCAUCGGCAAGUGGGCCAGAGUGGAGGGGACCCCCAGUGACCCCAAUCCCAAUGAUCCUUAUGCCAAAAUAGACAGUGAAACACUUUUCCGAGAUGGGAAGCUGACCCCAUCUAUCACCAUUUUAGGUUGCAAUGUGAAUAUACCUGCUGAAGUCAUCAUUCUCAACUCAAUUGUGCUUCCACACAAAGACCUCAACAGAAGUUUCAAAAACCAGAUCAUUCUUUAGUACAUUUUUCAUGCUUUAGUAUGAAUUUGGCACCAGGUGAAAGAAAUUAAUACUCCAGUCAUUUUCAAACACAACAGAAAAAUGUCAGCCUACUUCAUAGAUGUUAAUGGUUACCAUGUAUUUCAAGUAUUUUUGGAUUGCACUUUAGUUUACCUCCUAGCAUCACCUGCCUUUACGCACCUGGGGUUUAUGAUGGUGAAUGGUGUCUGGUACUUAAAUAUUUCUGCGGGCUUUACAGUGAAAUUAAGUUACGGACUCUCUGUUGUUAAAUUAUUACACUGAA